CAUUUCUCCGGUUAACGUUUUCAAUAUGGAUSAGGUCCCGCGCUACUUCGAGACAGAGCCCUCAUCUACAAUCGCAAAGCGAGGGACACGUGAGGUGCUGAUGCGCAAAGCAAGCAGCUCACACAAACGCUUCACCGUCACUUUCACCAUCUCCAUGGCUGGUGAAAUGUUGAAGCCUCACCUUCUUUUCGCGAAGUUGAAGAACAAGCCAGCAGUGGAAGGGUCUGUGGUUGUUGAUGUUAACAUGACGGGGAUGUGGAGUACGGACACAAUCAUCUCAUUCAUCAACGACACAAUAGCAUCAAGGAAAGAGACGACAUUUAGCCGCCAGCCUGUUCUUCUGAUCAUCGAUAGUUAUGGACCUCAUUUGAAGGUGGCUGAGAGUGAAAGGUUGAAGAAGAUGAACAUCCAUGUUUGUAUUGUCCCUCCCAACCUGACGGGUAUUCUUCAGCCUCUUGAUGUUGCUGUGAAUCGGUCUUUCCAGCAAUCUUAUGGACGCCAGUACGAUGCAUACAUCUCCAACGCUUUGGAGAACCCGUCCUUGCAGACCAAGGCGGGCAAUCCGAAGACCCUGACAUACCAGAUGGUUGCAGAUUGGGUUUGCCAGUGGGCAAAAACAAAGACAAAGGAGGAUAUCGCACACGCAUUCGCAACGUGUGGUUUAGUGCGCAAGGAGGAUUUUGAUGUGGAGAAGCUGCACCCGCCACUGAGAGCAUUGUACAAUGAUGUGCUCGAAAUAGAUGACUGGAAUGAUGCGUAUGCGGAAGAGUUUGUUGAGGCACCAGUCCCUGUGAAUGUAGAUUUGCUCACUGCCCCGGAGUACUUCAUUCCUGAGGAUGUGAUUGAUGGUCAUCCAAAUAGUUACUGGCAAUGCCUUCGUCGGGCUGUGUUGGGUAGAGCACCGUCCAUUACUUCUGCAGAGUUCCGGUCCAACAGUGUGGAGCACAUGAAGUCCAUGGAAGUCCUUGCUGACAUCACUGACGAUGCGUACUUUGCUGAUCUUGCGUCGGGUGCGAACUGUGAUGAGGAAUACAUAGCUUAUGCCAUCACUGAGAUCCAUAAUGUGACUAUUCGCAUCCAAAGCGCGGAGGACUCAAGUUACCGGACUUUUGAGCAACCAGACGCUACGACCAUAAUUGACCUUGUGUGUGUCGAUAGUUUCUAUGUGCUGAAGUUGUAGGACAGCUUGGAGCUGGAGCUUCCAAUUAGAAAAUUUGAAAAUUACAGCAGCCAGAGGGCUGCUUGGGUCUGUGGAGAAAAGACCUGCAGGCUCUUCAGCCUGUAAGCUAAACUGGAUGAUGGUUCCAGUAAAAUGGUUUAUUCUGG